UAAAAUUGCAAAUGCGAAAGCAUUCUUCAAUAAUUUCCAAGUAACAUCAAAGUGCUGAAGUGGUGGAGUGUGAAGUGUGAACCACAAUAUUUUGAACAUUUCAAAUCAGCCUAUAAAUAGUAAAAAAUCCCCCAAAAAUGUAAAACAGAAUUAUCCUGCAUCUGUAAACGAAUCUUCUCGUGUUAGCUUGUAUAGAGCCUUUUGUUUUUGAACCUUUUUGAGCUUUGACCAAAUCUAAAUCCCCUGCAAAUUCACCAGAACCACCGCCGCCUACCGCCGUCGAUAAUUUCCCGAUUCUCAGCUCCCAGGAAUUUACAAAACCGUCAAAAAAACCCAGCAAGAAUUUUUUUUAUCUCAAGAUGGAAUCAGAAACCACCGCAUUCUCCUUCUCAGAUUUCCCAGAAGAUGUGCAGCUCUGCAUUUUGUCAUUCCUCAAUCAAUCGGAGCUGUCCACAUUUGCAUCCACCUCCAAACGCUUCCUCUCAAUGUGCCGCGAUGACGAGAGGCUCUGGUUCUCUCUGUGCGACCGAAGGUGGGGCUCAAACACCCUCAUCAACAAAUGGGGCAAUGGGAAAAUCUCCUACAAACAUCUCUACGGAACCCUACAUGAAUUCGAAAAUCUCAUUGGUUUCUGGCGCCGUAGCGGAAUCGCCGGAAACUCGCCGUCGCUGGUCUUCUUUGAAUGGGGUCCAUUUUAUAUCAUGGGCUCCAGAGUUGAACCCUCCAAAACUGGUACCUAUGAGGUAAUCAAGAUGCCUUUCUUAUGGAUAAGUUUAUCUUCCAAGGGUGAGUUUAGAAAUUAUAUUGAUCCUGAGGGGAAAUUUGAGUUAUCUGAUACUGUUGUUGUUGAUUCGGGUGAAUUGGGGAUUAUCGAUUAUGAAUUGAUUCCUGUCAAUGUGAAUUUCAUGGGGAAAUGUCAUGUUGUAAUUGAGGCAAGUGUGAAUUCUCCUCAUGGGCAGAGCUCGAGUUCAAGUUCUAGUCCAAAUAAGGAGUUCAUGAAGGUACCUAGUUCAGGGAAUGUAAGAGGGGAGGAUAGGGAGGAUCUAAGUGGAUCCCCUGGUAGUUUUCCAGAUCGCAUGAUGUCGGAAAUUUAUCAGCACUUUGCAAAUUGGACGAGUCCAGGUGGAAAUGGUUUGUCAAGAAGACAGAGAAGGAGGGAGAAGGAAAGGCAGGGACGGAGAAAGAUGGAGCCCGAGCAUUUGGUGAAGAUUGUGAACUGCUCCCCCACCCCUGCUCGACCUCUGCAGGGUUUAUGGAAGGGCUUUUCUGAUGAUCUGAGCUUGGACUUUUAUUUGACAACCUAUGACGACAUUGGGGGUCUUGCUUGCCGUAGGGUUGGAGAUUCCUUUAGUGGUUAUAACCCUGUUUUUUGGACAUCAGAUACUACAUUAUCCGAGCCUCCCUUUCCUGCCCAAGAAGAAUAUGAAUACGAGAAUCGCAUACACUUAAGGCCCCCUGCAGAGGCUGAUGGGUGUCUAGUGCUGCGGUACUCACGUUACGAUACUGUUACCCGCAUGCUUCACAUGACCUCGAGCUAUGAUUUGGUUAUUCCAGGCUCAGUCAUAAAUCCACGGCAGGUUGAGGGAAGAAUUUGGCAAUAUGGGAAUGGUACUUAUGGAUUUGGAUUUCUUCGAAACAAUUACAUUAUAGAUCUGAAACAUGUAGCUCAAGGUGGGCGCCUUUUAGAUACAAUGGAAUUUUCUAGCAAUUGAUCCUUUAUAGAUAUAACUCAGAAAGCAUAAUCAUGAAUGGGGUGCUGUAUCUCCAUGUAUUGUCAUUGUACAGAAUAAUCUGUCUCCUUUAUUUCAUUGGGUCUAUGUGAAAUACAAGUCAGAAUCUAGUAAAAUGUCAUUCUUUAGAACCGUCUUUGUUGGAUUAGACAUUAUCCAAGGAGAUUGAAAUGCUUCAUAUUAUAUCAGAUAUUAUCUGUGUUUGACUGCUUUACUGUAUUCUUUUCCCUCCUGAUUGUUUCAAUGUGUGCGCAUUAUCCUUGUCCCUCGGCAUUUAUCAACUGUACACUCCUUUAGCAGAUAAUACACACAUUUAUGAGAAUAAACUGUAAAUCAUCGGACUGAUGAAGGAUGAACGUUAUUUGUAAUAGCAAAAUGAUUGGAUAUUGAAAGCAUGACCAAUCAGGAUGCUUGAACUUACGGAAGCUUCUCAAUCUUUACAAAAUCCGAAUACCAAGGCAAGAUGAGCUUGUAAAAAACGAAAUAACAUCCAGAAACACAUCUUAACAAACAUUAACGACUCCAGCAUUCACCGGACUACCAGCCGAUCCUUCAACGUGAAUGACCAAAUUACAUCAAUGUUGAGUAGUAGAAGUAAAGGAAGAGCAGCAAAAAAAUUGUCUUCUGCAGAAACUUAUGGUAAAUUAUGACUCUGAAGCAACUGGAGCAACUCCUGCUGAAUUCUUCUCAUGGUCGGCCUCGAGUUGGCUCAGGUUGCCUUUCUCCUUUAUGAGUUGAUUGUGAUGAUGUUUACAGUAUAGACGGCCUUCAUAUGCAAUGUAGUUAGAAGGGCUGAUUGUGCAUCCUCCAUGAGUGCAUUUGAAGCAGCUCUUGUGAUAAGAGGUUCCAUUCACUGACACCUUUUGGAAGUACAGUGACAAAGUUAAAAGUUCAGAUACUUUACAAAUGGUUCAUUAUCUACAGAACUGAUUUGAUUUCAGAAAUGCUAUACAUACCUUUUCAGUUGGAUAGACAGUCUUGCUGCACCCAAAACAUUUGUCUCUUGUUCCAACAAACAUGCUCGAAACCUUAUUCGCCAGCGGUUUCUGUAUGAAAAAUAAGGAAAAAGAAUAAACCACAGUUCAUCAACCGAAAUCGAAAAUUCAUCUGGUUUCUUUCAUUGAUUGUAAACAUACCUCAAUGUCAGAAGAUUUCUCUGGUUUUGCAAGUUUUGGUGUCCCUGAGAAGUUGUAGAUCAACAAAUAUUAACCCUUCUGGAGUUCAAUAAAGAUGUUGACUUUUUUUGCAAAGAUGUUCUCAUUUACCUUCAAAGCUUUUCUCCAGGCUUCCGGUUCUCUUGAAAAGCUGAUCAAAAUGUGGCCUGCAAUAGAGAACUCCCUCGAAAGAAUUGUAGUUGCCAAGCUGCAAAAUUUGAGGUUUUUCAUUAGCAGAAAGAAACGAAUUACAAACAUGGUAUCAAAUCUGCACCACUUUGUCCCUGAUUACACUAUUAAUCUGUAGUUUUAUUUUUAACAUGUCAGAAUGGAUCUAAAAAACCAUUACUGAUCCUGAAUCAUCAUCAUCUCUAACACCUGGAUUCAAUUGGGGUAGAAAUGAAAUAAAAAAAGCCCAUAAUCAGGAUGUUUUCUGUUGAAAACUCUGACAUUCAAUGCCAUUUUAGACAAUUUCAUUCAGAAUUGGCAAGUCAACUACUGGAAUUCAAUUCAUCCAAAUCCGAAGAAGAAAGAUCUGUUGUAGUCAUAAACAAUUCUCUUCAACACGGGAAAAAAAAAAGAUGGAAACUUGAAAGAAAAAAAAACAAAUAUCAAUCAGAAAGAACUGACACAGAAAAUUCAAGCUAAAACCUUAAGAGUGCCCUUGCAGUGGUGGCAUCUGAAACAGGCUUUGUGAUAGAUUCGAUUGUCUGCAGUUAACUUAUCCACCAAGUACACAGUCUUUUCACAGGCCAUGCAUUUCUGAGUUGUGCCUGCAAAUGCCAUGGC